AUGGAGAACGACAUCAACAAACCCUAUAAAAUCUGUGAUGUGAAUCGGGACAAAAAGAAGGGUAUGGUGGCAUCGUCUUUAGAAGAUUUACUUGCUAAAGUUCCAGAAAAGUUAGGGCUGCCCAGCGAAAAUUUAACUGUUGUACUGGAAUGUGACGGUACCGAAGUAGACGAUGAAGAAUAUUUUUCUACUUUAGAUCCUGAUACCGCCCUUAUGAUUUUACAUGGUAACGAAAAGUGGACACCAAAUAUGCCUAAAUGCCAAGUUUCUCUGGAUCAAACCGAUGAUGUAGCACUUGGUGAAAAGGGUCAAGUUGUAAAUCUUGUAGGACGUCUUCAACAUAACUUAUGCCAUAUCUCAUUACUUGGGGGUCAAGAUCUGGAAUUACUCUCUGAUAUGGAUCCUGAUAGUCUUGCAGAUAUUGUUACUGAUAGAGAUAAUCGAAUUAUUCUAGAACAUAUUAAAGAAGCUUCUGGGAGGAUACUUUUGGAAAAGCGUCAGGCUCAAGAUGCCAUGGAAUUACUUAAGCUUUACCAUCAGAGUGUAGCUAAUGGUAAUGAAGAUGUUUCACCGCCAACCCAGGACAGGAUUUAA